CAAAGCAGGGUUGAUCUGGUCAAACCUGUCAAUGGCUGAGAAUCCCUCUCAACCUGUCCUUACUCAGACGCUUCUGGAAUAGCCAGAUCUUCGAUUCCAUUGGGCUACUUGAGAACGUUGACCAUGACAAUAUGUUUGCGCGAGUUUGAUGGCUGACGAUGGAGAGUUAGGACGAAGCUGAGUGUUAUAGUUGGUCCGAAGGAGAAAAUGUCCAGUCUAAAGGGUAGUAUUGGGCCAAGAUUCAGGUCGUAUGCCGUUUGAGCAGAGCCAUAAACGACCAUCGCACCGACGACAGACCGCCUCGACAGUGAGUAUAGUUGUAUGCAAGUGAAAGAUUGCGAGGUGUCGUUCAGGCUGGCCAGGCCAGUGUACUGUGUGCAGCUUGCCUGAAGAUAUUAAUGGAAAUGAAGAUGAAGAUGAAGAGUGAUUGUAGGAAUUGUCGACAGUGACGUCAGCGACCGAUGAGUUCAAACUUCAGGCUCGUUUGCAUGGCCUUUGCAACACCUCAAUCAUUCAAGACUACACAGUAGCUGACUACGAGUUGUUCUCUUUACCAGCCCUUGUAUACGCAUUCAAAGAGCCUUGCGAAACGUCCAACAUCAUGUCACGGUAAAAGGGAAAGAACUGUAGAAAAAAAAUGGCGUCGCUACUGCGCCAAAUCGUAGCAGGACCACGAGCCAGGCAUCCUGAAGCCGGCCUGGACUUGUGUUAUGUGACCGACUACAUCGUCGUCACCUCCGGACCCAGCUCAGUCUGGCCAAAGAAAGCCUAUCGAAAUCCCCUCGAUCAAUUGAUUGCCUUUCUCGACCGCAAGCAUGGACAAGACUGGACCAUCUUCGAGUUUCGAGCAGAAGGAACGGGGUAUCCUGACUCGGAAGUCUACAAUCGCAUUCACCAUUUCCCCUUUCCUGACCAUCAUCCUCCACCUUUCGCACUAAUACCCAACAUCAUGGCCGCAAUGCGAAAUUGGAUCCGCGGUUACGACGAGCAAUCUGGUGAUGUUUUGGACAACACAAACAAGAGGGUCGCAGUCGUGCAUUGCAAGGCUGGAAAGGGACGCAGCGGCACUGUUUCUUGCUCAUAUCUCAUCAGCGAAGAAGGAUGGCCAAAAGAUGAUGCUCUCGUGCGCUUUACUACCCGACGUAUGCGCUCCGGGUUCGGGCUCGGUGUGAGCAUACCCAGUCAGCUACGGUGGGUCGACUACGUCGAUAGGUGGACAAAUAAGAUGAACAAGAUCUACAAAGACAAACCGGUGGAGAUUGAGGAAAUCCACGUUUGGGGGUUGAGGGACGGUGUGAAGGUGACUGUGGAAGGCUAUGUCGACUCUGGUCGCAAGAUCCACCAAUUCCACACUUUCAGCCGCCACGAGAAGAUAAGUAUGGACCAGGGCACGUCCAAACAGCCAACGCUUUCAGACUCGAAGAAGGACCUCGAAGUGCUGAGCACUCCACCUAAUCGGACACCACAAUCGUCCUCAGUGAGCCUUAAUAGCUCUGCGAGCAAUACACAGAACGUGAUCCUCAAGCCAUCCACUCCCUUGAUCUUACCCACCAGCGACGUCAACAUAGACUUUGAGCGACGGAACAAAGCACCUGCAGGCUUCACCAUGGUGACCUCACUAGCUCAUGUCUGGUGGAACGCGUGGUUCGAAGGUGGUUUUACGGGGCGCAAGUCUGGUCAAUUCGAGAUUGAAUGGGAGGCCAUGGAUGGCAUCAAAGGAAGUGUCCGGAAAGGCACGAAAGCACUCGACGCAUUGGUGGUCAAAUGGAGAUAUAAAGAGGAUGAGAUGGAGCGAGUCAUCACGGAGCCGGCCAAGGGAGAGCCGGUGCCUGAAAAUCCGCCCGCAGAUUGGCGUGGUGAGGACGACCAUGAUACUAAACCUGCAGAUGGGAUGGACAGCGGCCGGUCUGGAGGAGGUCUACUCACGGUGGGCGCUACCAUCAAUGCAGGAGCGAGCACGCUGAGCAAGGAGUUAGGGCUGAGGAAGUCUGACCCUAGCAGUGCUAACAUGUCUCGCGCGUCGAGCGUGAAGGAAACUCCCACGCGCAAAAGCACUGAACUUCGGCGAGCGGAAUCUGACUCUGAGGAAGAGGGUGUUAGAACAUAUGGCGUGGAUGAGAUGCCCGAUGGAGAGAGCGAAGGACGGCAAGAUACGUCGACCGGACGCGCAAUGGAGACUGGCAUGGCCAAGGUUGCUCAUAUUGUUUCCAAGAUGAAGCCAUCGAAGGAUGGUGAGCCUGAGAAUCCCAUUCAGGAGCAUUCAGCAUAAGUGAGGUUUAUGAUUUAGGACAGCAUUGAUACCCGAGACACGAUUGGCGAUAGAAUAGCACAAGUGGUACGAAAUAUACUUAUGAUAUCCG